GCAGAAUUGUUAGGCUAUCUAUCCAAAGUGCAUCAGGCAGCCGUCCAAUGCAUCACUGCGCUUUGUUCUCUCGUCCGCUGUUUCGUGCCAAAGUGCUGUCUGAUUCACUAUGUGGUCGCGUUGGCGCUCCUUGUCCCUAUCCCACACCUCGCUCUUGCCUUUGAAGGGAUCGCCAAGCCGUAGGAAUGUUCCCACAUUAAUGCGCAGUGCAUGUGGUUCUUAACCGCAAUAUCUAAAAUCCGGUAUUGAGGAGCGACAUUGCGAAAGAAGAAGGGGGAGAACAUAAUUUCUGCCUAGAUGUGGGAGAAAUGCAGCUCGUGAGGGAUUUUCUGAUUCAUUAAGAGCGCGAGACGGACUCGAAAUUCCCUCACGUGCGCAUCCUGGGAGAUAAAGCUGUUCAGCGCUUCUAUUUGUGUCUUGAUUUAUAACAGAAAUGCGACCGAAAAGGACCUAAACAAUCACGGUAAAUGAGGCAACAUGCAAAUACGCACCGACAGUGAACGUUUGUCAACAGCUCCCGCAGAAGGUGGUUUGCCACCGACCAACAAAUAAUAUUUAAACCCGAGUGGCACGAGCCAAGAAGAACGGACUCCGUAGUUUUUAGAUAUUGGGAUUAUAUCUUCUUACUUGGGUGUCAACGAUGAAGAGGAGACAGAAGCGAGUGUUGCAAAUGGCCUUCGUAUUCAUGGUGGCUUUGAUAUUUCUGCCAAACGUCGGUCUGUGGUCUUUAUACCGGGAGAAACACCUGAUGAAGUCGCACGAGGCCGGCGAACAGGGCUUCUCGCUGGGUCUGAGCGAAGGACACAUUUACACCUGGACGGACGGCUUGAGGAGGAGAGACUGGCAUGAUAACGAGAGCAUCAGGAGAGACGAACUACGUGUCGGGAAAGGGGAGCACGGCAAGCCCUACCCUCUGGCUGAGGAUGAGUGUGACGACUCGGUUUACAAGGAGAACGGCUUCAACAUCUACGUUAGUAACAACAUCGCCCUGGACCGCUCUCUACCAGACAUCAGACAUCCAAACUGCAAGACAAAGCUGUACCUGGAGAACCUUCCCAACACCAGCAUCAUCAUCCCCUUCCACAACGAGGGCUGGUCGUCCCUGCUGAGGACCAUCCACAGCAUCUCCUACCGCACCCCAGACCACCUCAUCGCUGAGAUCAUACUGGUGGACGACUACAGUGACAGAGGUAGGACACCUGGUUAACUGUUACGCUACUGUGUGUGUUGGUGGUCAGGGUUCUUACACCAUACCCUACUCAGUGACUG